CCUCAUUCAUCCUUCACAACCCUCCAUACUCCUGCUCACACCCACACCCCGGCCGUAUACCCGCCCCAUUACCAGUAAUAUCGAGCAACAGCGCAACCAAGGCUUAUUCAACUAGCACACUUGCCUCACUCAACAUGGUUUCCUCAACUCAGAACGUCCUCCGAGUUGGUUUCGUGCCAGAGCACUUCUCCUCUCCACUCCACAUGGGUGUUGAGCUCGGCUUCUUUGAGAAGGAAGGCAUCGUUGUCGAAAGGGUUUGCUGCCCUAGCGGUACAGGAGAGAUGACGGCAAAACUUAUCGACGGAUCUUUGGAUGUCGCCAUCGCUCUCACGGAAGGACUCUUGGCCGGUAUUGCAAAAGGCCAUGAUGACUAUAAGAUUAUCGGCACUUAUGUCGAGUCCCCACUCUGCUGGGCGAUCUCGGUUGGCCAGAACUCGAGACAUGUCGACCGUAGCACACUUCAAGACGGAAAGAUUGGUAUCUCAAGGAUCGGUAGCGGAAGCCAUAUCAUUCCUUAUGUGCUGGCCGAGCAGGAGGGAUGGUUGAAGGGAGCCUCGCCUGCUGAUCCCGAAUACAAGGCGCCAUUUGGUUUUGAGAUCCUGAAUACCUUCCAACACAUGAGGGACUCUGUCAAUGACGGAUCAACGGAUGCGUUUCUUUGGGAAAAAUUCACGACUAAGCCCUAUCACGAUUCCAGGGAGGUACGCUUGGUCGACACAAUCACCCCACCCUGGCCCGCAUUUAUGAUUGCGGCCUCUUCCCGCCACCUGCCCAUUUCGGAGGAUCCACAGAGACAAUCAACAUUGGCCCGGUUCUUGAAGGCGCUUUCUUCUGCAACAAGGCAUUUUGUCGAUCCAGCGAACUACGAAGAAUCGGUUUUGUUCGUGAAGAACAAGAUGUCGUACACAACACAGGAUGUCAAGGACUGGUUCAGUGGCGUCCAGUAUCCCGAGGAGGGAUGCGAGGUCAUCAACCAGGAAUCGUUGAUCACUUGCGCAAGGAUAUUGCUCAAGGCUGGUGUCUUCCAAAAGGAGCAAGAGGACGAUGUCAAGGCAAACCUGCGGACCAAGUUUAUCGAUACGAAUGUUGCACUGCUCUCGUAAAGAAAGCACGCGACUAGAAAUGGGAGGGCAGGGGCCCAAAGAACCAUAUUUUUAUCCCUUUACAUAAUUAUAGCCAUUAAAAACACAUAUCCCAACGCUUAGCGAUGC